AUGAUAUUGACAGAGUACGACAUCCAGUAUACCAUACAGAAGGCAAUCAAGGGAAGUGUACUAGUUGAUCAUUUGGCUCAUCAAGCGGUAAACGACUAUCAUUCCAUGAAUUUUGAGUUUCCAGAUGAAGGUGGUCAUAUGCCGUUCACUGCAAGACUAUGCUUUGACUGCACCAACAAUAUGGCUGAAUAUGAGGCGUGCAUCAUGGGUCUCAAAGCCGCAAUCGACUUGAGAAUCAAAUUUCUAGAAGUAUAUGGGAACUCAGCCUUAGUAAUCAGUCAUAUCAAAGGAGAAUGGGACACGGAACAUCCUAAUCUCAUCCCUUACAAGGAGCACGUGUUGACCUUGAUCCCUUAUUUUGAAGAGAUUACUUUUGAGCAUAUCCCGCGAGAAGAGAACCAGUUGGCAGGCGCACUGGCUACCAUGUCGUCUAUGUUCAAAGUCAGGUGGGACAAUGAGGCGCCCACGAUCACUAUUGAAAGAUUAAAUGAGCCGGGACAUUGUUGUGAGAUUGUUACAGAAGAAGUAGACGAGAAACCGUGGUUCUAUGAAGUAAAAAGAUACCUCGAAGCUCAGGAAUAUCCUGAAAGGGCAUCCAUCAAUGAUAGGAAAUUUCUAAAAAGGAAUAGCUACGAAGAAAUUCUAACAGAAUCGUAG